AUGAGUACUACUCAAAAGAUAACUGAAAUAGAAAAUGAAAUUGCUAGAACACAGAAAAACAAAGCUACUAAUUUUCACAUCGGGCUUUUAAAAGCUAAGUUAGCGCGGUUGCGACAGCAACUGCUUGAUGGGGUUUCUAAGUCGAGCGGAGGCAGUGGAGAAGGUUUUGAUGUAACUAAAGUAGGUGAUGCUAGAGUAGGAUUUGUGGGUUUUCCUAGUGUAGGCAAAAGUACAUUAUUAACGAAGUUAACCGGUCAAUUUAGCGCUGCUGCAGAUUACGAGUUUACUACCUUGACUUGUGUUCCUGGAAUCCUCCGUUAUCAAGGAGCAAAAAUUCAAAUGCUUGAUUUGCCAGGUAUUAUUGAAGGAGCUAAAGACGGUAAAGGACGAGGUAAGCAAGUAAUCGCUGUCGUGCGUACUUGCAACCUUGUAUUAAUCGUGCUCGACGCAACGAAUCCUUUAACCCACAAACGUUUAAUUGAAAAAGAACUUGAAGGUUUCGGACUUCGUUUAAACAAACAACCCGCAAACAUCUCUAUUAGUCAAAAAGACAAAGGUGGAAUAAUUGUCACUAAUUCCGUUCCUUUGACUCAUCUCGACCACGAAACAAUUGUCUCGAUUUGUCACGAAUACCGUGUUAUCAAUUGUAGCAUAAAUUUCAAAACAGAUGCUACUGCUGACGAGUUCAUCGAUGCUUUAGAAGGCAACCGUAUUUACGUUCCUUGUAUAUACGUCUUGAACAAAAUUGAUCAAAUAACAAUGGAAGAACUUGAUUUAUUAUCGCAAUGCCAACACACUUGUUUAAUUAGUGCAAAAGACAAUUGGAAUCUUGACACGUUAGUAAAAAUGAUUUGGGAGUACCUCAAUUUAAUUAGAAUAUAUACCAAACCGCAUGGCCAAGCUCCUGAUUACUCAGAUCCCGUUGUAUUAAAGAGAAACAAAGCAACGAUAGCUGACUUCUGUGUUCGUAUUCACAAACAAAUUUUAGAUCAGCUUAAAUACGCUUUAGUCUGGGGAACUUCGGUUAAGUUUAACCCGCAAAAAGUCGGAAAAGAUCAUGUUUUGAAUGAUGAAGAUAUUGUUCAGCUGGUUAAAAAAUAA